AUGGAUACAUCAAACCCCAAGUCGGAAGGCAACAAUGAAACUCAGUCCGAGCCUCAGUCAACCCCAUCACUCCCCGCUCUCCCUGCCGCGGGCGACGCUGCACCGACACUCGAAGUAGACGGCGCAGCACUACGUCUAGACCAUCUCGGCCCGCUCGUCGUAAACGAGGACGGAACGCUGAGCCGCAUCGCAAACUGGGAGAAGAUGGCAGACAUCGAGCGCGAAAACACAUUGCGGAUAUUGGGAAAGCGAAACCAGAUGCGCCUGGCGAAACUUCGUGCAGCACAACCAGGUAAUUCUGAUAAUGCGCCGGAAAAGGCCUCUGAAGAGAAGAACGCUCAGCCUGAUAGCUAG